AUGACCAGAAAGGCAGUGAAAGGAAAUGUGAUUGCUGAUCUCCUAACAGAAAACCCGAUCCAGGAUUAUGAAGCCCUAGAUUUUGAAUUUCUUGAUGAGUAUGUUAAUGAAGUCAACAGCGAUGACAAAGAACCAAAUGACGCAUGGGAAAUGUUCAUCCUGGUGGCUAUUGACUACUUUUCCAAAUGGGUUGAGGUAAUGUCAUAUGCUUAUAUCAUGAAAAAUACAUUCCUCAAAUUUUUCAAGAACAAUGUUAUCUGCCGACAUGGCCUUCCUAGUGAAAUUGUCACCGAUAAUGCUAAGAAUUUGAAUGGCCCAAAGAUCCGAAGUUUAUGUGACCAGUACAAAAUUUGGCAUCUCAAUUCAUCACCAUACCAUCCCCAAAUGAACAUAGCGGUGGAAGCUGCUAAUAAAAAUCUCAAGAGAAUAAUCAGGAAGAUGACCGUCACUUAUAAAGAUUAG